AUGAAGAAUAACAAACCAAAGGUAAAGAAACAAGAAACAAAUGAAACUCCAAAGAAAAAGAAAGAAGAAAAGGUAAAAAACGAGGAUGAAAAAGAGGAAGACAAACCAAACGUAGCUAAGUCAUUGAUACGGGAAGGUAGUUUGACGUUAGAACUGACUACCAUGCGGGAAGAGUGCACGUUCCAUGCCGGAGACUUAGUGAAGUGUUUUAUGAAACUAGAGCUUACAAAAGGCAUAUCGGUGAAAGAUUUCAAGGUACAUCUGCGAGGCUAUAUAAAGACAAAAUGGACAGAUACGGUCGGGCCAAAGAAGAAAUUAACAUAUGGAGUCCACAAAGACAUCGUAAAUUUGGAGGAAGAAAUCAAAAGUUCCAAACCUUCGCAAGAUGGAUCAGUGUCAUAUGGAAUCGGCUUUUACACCUUACCCGCCAAAUUCACCAUUCCUGAUGACGUCAUGCCGUCGUUUGAAAGCAACAGGGGCUUUAUUCGUUAUUAUUUAUCGGUUAGAGGUAUCAUAGACGAAAAGCCUAUCAUUUUUCACCUACAGAGGAUUAAAAUCGUCGCCCCCUUAGAUUUAAGCAAGGAUCCUCAGAAUAUGGUUCCGCUGCGGUUCAUAGAACAUCAAGAUGUGGUAGCGUGUUGCUGCUCUUCCGGAAAAGUGAUGGGGAGACUACAGAUCGACAGAAGGGCCUACAUACCCGGGGAGUAUGUUACAGUGACGGGUAUGAUCACAAAUCACUCCAAAAAACAGAUGAAGUUCACCAAGUGUUCACUGACUCUGAAAAUUACAUACAUAAAAGACAACUGGACUCAGAAGUGCAAAAAGACCGUCUUGGCAUUCGUAAAGCAUGGACCGACAAAAGCAGGCCAGAUCGAUUUUUGGGAGGACGCUCAACUGAAAAUUCCAAGUCACAUGCCUCCAGCACUUCUCAACUGUAAAUAUAUAGAAGUGAAAUACAUUCUGAAGAUUGAAACAGAAAUGGCAUGGUCAUUCCCAUCGAAGCAUACACUGUUCAAUGUCGUUAUACCAGUCGGUCACAUAUCUGCUAAACCUCCUGAUGAAGAGAAGGAUGAAAACGGGGAGGGAACAGAUGAAGGAGACAAGGGGAAAGAGACAGACGUAAAAUUGAUUGAACUUGAGGUUUAG